GGACCCGCCCGGACCCGGGCGCUCGCCGCGCGCAGGCGGCCGGGGGCUCGGCCGCGGGGGCUCGCCCUCAGCCUAGCGCGUCGGACGGCGUCCCGGGCUCUGGCCCGCGGCGCGCGGGGCCCCUCACGGAGACGCGGGCCGGCUCGCAGUGUUCGGGUUCCAUGUCUGCGCUCUGCUGGCGAGAGGCACUUUCCGAGGCCAUGUCGGUGGCAGCUGGGACCCCCGCCCCCUCGCCUGCGUCGUGCGUGCUCACGCCCGGCUGUGCUGCCCGUCCUUGAGACAGAAGCGUCCCCAGCUGCGGCGCCUGCAUGGCUUCUUCCACGAAACCCUCCGCGCCGGAGGAGACGGCUCCUGGCGGCGGGGAGAAGAGGCAGUCCCUGCUCAGCUGGGGCUCUCUGCUCGGCCAUCGGGGCGAGAAGGUGGCGUUUGCCAGGGCCGAGGGCAGCCCUGCGGAGAACCUGCUGACCAUCACCAUCACCGAGACCACCGUCAUCGAGUCGGACCUGGGCGUGUGGGACUCGCGGGCCCUGCUCUACCUCACGCUGUGGUUCUUCCUCAGCUUCUGCACCCUCUUCCUCAACAAGUACAUCCUGUCCCUGCUGGAGGGCGAGCCCAGCAUGCUGGGCGCCGUGCAGAUGCUGUCCACGACCUUCAUUGGCUGUGUCAAGGUCUUCGUCCCCUGCUGUCUGUACCAGCACAAGGCCCGGCUCUCCUACCCCCCCAACUUCAUCACCACCAUGCUCUUCGUGGGCCUCAUGAGGUUUGCAACCGUCGUCCUGGGUUUGGUCAGCCUGAAAAACGUGGCCGUUUCGUUUGCGGAAACCGUGAAGAGCUCCGCCCCCAUCUUCACCGUGAUCAUGUCCCGCAUGAUUCUGGGCGAGUACACAGGGCUGCUGGUCAACCUCGCCCUCAUCCCGGUCAUGGGAGGGCUGGCGCUCUGCACAGCCACCGAGAUCAGCUUCAAUGUCCUGGGCUUUUCGGCUGCAUUGUCCACCAACAUCAUGGACUGUUUGCAGAACGUUUUCUCAAAAAAGCUCCUGAGCGGGGACAAGUACAGGUUCUCGGCCCCGGAGCUGCAGUUCUACACCAGCGCCGCGGCCGUGGCUCUGCUGAUCCCAGCCUGGAUCUUCCUCAUGGACGUGCCUGUGAUCGGGAGGAGCGGGAAGAGCUUCAGCUACAGCCAGGACGUCGUGUUGCUGCUGCUGAUGGACGGCGUGCUGUUCCACCUGCAGAGCGUCACGGCGUACGCCCUCAUGGGCAAGAUCUCCCCUGUGACCUUCAGUGUUGCCAGCACCGUGAAGCACGCCCUGUCCAUCUGGCUGAGUAUCAUCGUUUUUGGCAACCGCAUCACCAGCCUAUCAGCCAUCGGCACCAUCUUGGUGACAGUCGGUGUCUUACUCUACAACAAGGCUAGGCAGUACCAGCAGGAGGCCAUGCAGAGCCUGGCUGCAGCUGCCAGCCAGGCCCCAGAGGACAGCACCGAGCCGCUGGUCCCCACGGACCCCGGACAGUACCACUGAGCGAGGCCACGAGGUUAGCAGCACCACCUUGCUCCUCGCUGACAGCAGCCCUCCGCAGCCAGGUGUGGCCGAGCCCACAUCCAGGGGUCCUGGCCGGGUCGCAGGAGGAGGGGGGGGGGGGCUGUUGCCUGCUCCCGUCUUGGUUUUUCACUCAUCUGUCUGGAAGUCAAGUUGAAGGUUUCCAGGCGUCGGCUUCCUGGGCAGAGCCCAGCGUCCGCCAUCAGCCAAGCUGAGCUAAUGCCAGAGCCAGGUGGUCUGGCUCCCUGCCAAACACACGUCCUGGCUGCCAUGGGCCAGGCCCCCGUUCCCGCAUGUGUGGCCACCAAGGCCAGCCAGGGCCAGGCCGGUUCCAGUGCCAGUGCAAGCUCCACCUGCCUAGUACCCAUGAGGAGAACUUGACUUCCUCAGACCAGCCUACAGGCCUGAGGCUGCCGGGCCCUCCGCGGAGAAGGCUGCAGCUUCACCCACCAGCUGCUGUGCUGGACCAGUCCAAGUGCCUCCCACCUGGGCAUGGAUCUGUCCACCCCCCGAGAGGACACAGAGCCGACAGUGGAGGGAGGGGGCCGGGACCAGGGUCUCCUGCCUCCAAGGGCAGGUGCCAGUGCUUCUCCCCGUGACCCAGGCUCCCGGGGACAUCACCCAUCCCCGCCUGCGGUGCCAGCCCUCAGGGGAGGUCCUCCGGAGGGUGCACACGGGGGCCCACCUCUUGCAAUAUCUGCUGCUCUGAGCCCCUUCCCGCCGACUGAGGGGCCCUGCCUUUGACCAGAGGCCAGGCUUCGCUUGGGCUGGUUCUGGCCCGAGAUUGAGGACAGACCUCUCAGGUUCGGCUCGGGCAGGGGAGACUCCCUGUUCUUUCUGGACGCCUGUGAGUGUGAGGCUGGCAGCUGGGGGUUCCUGGGGGGCCUGCAGGGAUCUCCCAUAAAACCUGUGGCCGCACAGUUCCGUAUGGGGACAUUGGCACCGGUGUCAGUGGCACACAGGAGACGGACGCUGUGCUUCCGAACGAGAACAUGUCCAGCAGACCUCCCGCUGGCCCGGCUCGCCCCAAGCCGCCCCUCCCUCUCCUCAUGGACCUCAGGGCUCGGGAAGCCCGCAGAGCAGUCGGUCUCCCCCCGGGCCAGCUGCAGCUGUAAGCACUUCGCUGCGUCACUUCUCUGGUAUCUGGCGGGUUUGACUGGGCACGCCCAUUGCUGGCCCCGUCAUGGCCCGGAUCUGGAGCCUGAGCACCCGCUGUCCGCCGAGUCCCACUUGCCCUCCCUGUUCUCCCAGCCCCUGGCCCCCAUCAGCAGUACACGGGUUUUCCAGUUGACGUCUCACUGGGAAAACAGCCCCUCCCAGAGAUAAAAUCUCAGAAGCAAAAGAGCAAUAAUUCCCACUCACUACGUCCUCCCUACUUGAAAAGGUGUGCCCUCGCGAUGGUCGGGCGAGGCCGUGAGCCUGAGCCGAGCUCUGGCCCCGAGCGGCCAGGCGCCUGCCAGGUGGCGCCAGCUCUCCCGCACUGUGAGGGUGUGUCCUGUGACUGUCCCCAGGGUUCUUUUUCUUUGCUGUUUCUUCCCCUUUCCCCCAAAGCAAAUGGCUGAGGGUGGCCAGUGUGGCGAGAUGCUGCACUGAUCGGUGAGGCCCAGCUGUGGUCGCCUGGCCUGGAGGAUGGAGCUGCCGGGCCUGCUGCUGGCAGCGGGACGUGCGCAGAGAAGGGGCCGUGUCUGCUGGGGUCAGUGGCAGGGCCUUCUAGAUGUGUCCGAGUCCGUGCCGGGCGCAGGCGCCUGGUUUCUGCGGGGAAGCUGCCCCUCCCUCCCAGCCUAGUUUCAAUUGUCUGACUUUGUGGGCCAGCAACAGCAUGAAGAUUUUCUAAAUUAUUAGCUAAUGAGGCAAUUUCCUGUAAAUGCUUUUGAGACUUUUCCUGCCGCACAACGGUUGCAGAAACUGCCCUUGCUGGUGUUCACACGCCCACCACGCCCGAGUCAGCUCUGGGCCGCCGCUGUCGUGGCAUUUCGAGGCCAGCCCUCCACCAAGAGCCAAAACGCAAGGCCUGGCCUCGCCAUUCGUUUCCUGCUACAGACAUGAUGCUUUUGACAUUAACUGUGCCCAGUACGCUCACAGACUUCUCACUGGAAUGUCACAGGUGUGUGUAGGGACAUUGGCACCGGUCAUUGCUCAUGUUGGGUUCCAAGCCUCCUGUGUCCGUGGUCAUUGUCUGUGCCUUUUGUAAACCAGCAAAGAGCGUGGAGAGCCCCCCAGGCCGGGCCAGCUGCUUGCGGAUAGCGGUGCUGGGAGAGGUGCAGAGCUCCGGCUUCCAAACGCGCCCGCUGACGGAGCGCAUAGAAGCUUCUCAAAAGCCAGUUCUGACGGUUGCAGGCCCGUGUCGCCAGUCACCUGCCUGCCUGGAAAACAGGAAAAUCUCGCGCAAUCCAAAAUGUGUCUCUCACUUGAGAAAAACAAAGGGAUCAAACACUUUAUUAAGAAAAAAAACCUGUACAGAGUAUCAGCGAAGUAGAGCCCUGCUUCGUAGUGCCUUUCAAGUCCCCGCCGUGACACCUGGGCUGUCUAGACACCGCCUCUCACAUCUGUCCGCGAUGCUUCCCAAGGCCUCGGCGUUCCGCUGCUGCCUGCGCCGCGAAGCGUGAGCAGGGCGCAGGCAGAGUCCACUUGUCUUGCCGUUGACCGACGCUGGACGAAGCGCUGCAUUCCUUCCCCGAGGCACACACGCGCGAGCCCGUUCCCCUCCUUUCCGAGUCGGGAGCCAGGCGUGCACCCUCCGGGUCAGGCACCCACGGCUCAGCUCCUGCUUCCUCUCGGCUGUCAGCCCUUGGGACCCACCGCGUCCGCGGAAGCUGCGGCCUGCUCGGGUCCGGCAGCUGAGAGCCGUCCCUGCCUCAGUCUCGUCCUCUGCUCUCGUUGGCCGGAAACAGGCUUGGCCGCUCCCGAGGUGUGACUGGACCUGCCUGAGGGGCUGUUGGCUCCAACCUGGGCCACAGCCAGGGUCUUCCCACGUGGUGAAACUCGAAGACACACUGCUGACUGUCUACAUGAGAGCCAAAUUAAUUUGCUUUAUACCAAACACAUCGUAUUUCUGGACUUUUAUACGUCACCUACUUCAGUAUUCAGUGCUUUCUAGGGAACACGUGAUGUUAGUGACGCACUUAGCUGUGGCAGUGAGCGCCCUGCUAACUGGGUGCCCUGGCUGCUUUCGUCUAAAUGAAGCAGCCGGGGCGCGGCGGGCAGACCUGUUUCAAAAGUAAAUAAAUGCCAAGUACGACCGGG